AUGGUGAUCAAUCGGCUCAACCGCCGCAUUGUCGCAAGUGUGGUAGGAAGUAUACCGGAGAGUGCAAUUGAUUGUGGAGGCACUCAAUCUUUUGUCUCCACCGAGUGUGUUUACCGACUUGGUUUGGAGGUUAUUCCAUUUCCCGAUCCCAUGAUUAUUUCUUCGGCAACGGAUGAUACCGUGGAAGCUCGACUAGUUUGUAAAGACUGUUCGGUGUCUUUUAAUGGUCGUGACUAUCCAAAUGAUCUGAUUUGCUUACCCCUCAAGAGGCUUGAUGUUAUUCUAGGGAUGGAUUGGUUGUCUUUUAACUCAGUGUACAUUGGUUGCAAAGAGAAGGCCAUAUUCAUUCCUGCAGAAGAUACUUCUUCCGAUGAUGCAAUUACCAAGUUAAUAGAAGUUCUUUCUAAGGAACCUUCUGUGAGAGUUGAAUUUUCGGAGAUUCCGGUGGUGUGCGAAUUUCCUGAUGUAUUUCCUGCGGAUAUCACUUCUCUCCCUCCAGAAAGGGAAGCAGAAUUCUCAAUUGAUCUUGUUCCUGGAACGGCCCCAGUUUCCAUCACUCCAUAUAGGAUGUCUCCUAUUGAACUCAGAACUGAAGAGCCAAUUAGAAGAGCUUCUUGGUAA